CGUUUAUUCUCAAGUGGAUAAACGUAACUGGCAGGAUGCGCCUUCUUAAUGUUGCAGUUGUUGUAGUCUUGGUCUUCCUUGGCUCCGUCCUUGGUGGCCAUGGUGGUGGUGGUCAUGGAGGUGGAGGCCACGGUGGUGGUCAUGGAGGCGGCGGCCAUGGAGGAGGUCAUGGUGGUGGUCACGGAGGUGGUCAUGGAGGUGGUCACGGAGGUGGCAAAGGACACGGAGGAGGUGGCCACGGAGGUGGCAAAGGACACGGAGGAGGCGGCCAUGGAGGUGGCGGCCACGGUGGCGGCAAAGGAGGUCAUGGCGGAGGACACGGAGGUGGCGGCCAUGGAGGAGGUCAUGGAGGAGGUCACGGUGGAGGUCAUGGAGGAGGCCACGGUGGUGGUCACGGAGGUGGCCAUGGAGAUAGCAAAGAAGGAAAAUCAUUGUGCUUUGAGGCCAGAUGAAUGUUCAACUCCGGUGGUGGAGUUUUGUUGA